AUGUCUGCCCUUCCUGCACUCCGUUUGCCGCAUCCGUCGACUUGCACGUGGUUUCAACCAGAGCCUCAGCAAUACCAAUGUCGAGGCUUUGGAGGUAUGCCGCAGGCGGCGACCUCCUCGACGCUGGUCAAGAGUCCGGCACAUGAGCGCAUGGCGCUGCCUUCGCUGAAAGCUUUGCCUGCGCGGGCGUUCAUGACCCCGCGGAACGUGCUGCCGAUGGCUUCGCCCGCUGCGACGUUCCACCAGCCGCCUGCUCAGUCCCCACUGACGAAGCGCGUGCGCGCACUGUCGAACGCGUCCAAGUCCAUUACGCUGGACAUGUUGUGUCCGUACUUUGAAAAGCCGCUGGCCGAAGUGGCCAACAUCUUUGGCAUUUGCAUGACACUCAUGAAGAAAAUCUGCCGAAAAAACGGCGUGCCGCGGUGGCCGCACCGACAGAUUCGUGGUCUCCACAAGAGCAUCUGGUCGAUUGAAAAGGCGUUGCGGUGCUGCGAGUCGGAGGCGCAGCGUCGGUCGUACGCCGGCCACCUCCAGAAGCAGCGAAUGAAGCUGGCGACGAUUCUCAAAGGACCGGCGAGUCCAAGCAGCAAAGCUGCAUUUGAGCUCAUGCUCUCUGAGCCGUGCUCCCCACUGAGCAAUCUGUUGACCCCCACGUCGGUCCACCAGCCUGGUGCGAGUCCGACUCGGUUAAGAGACAGCUACCGUCCCGUGUUUCGAUUGCCAACUCCAGUGCACCUGCGAACGCCAAGUAGCGCGUACCAAGCGCAACGGCCUCGACCGAGCCAUGGCUCGCCUACGCUGCCAUCCAUUGCGUCGCUUUUGAAGAAGAACGGCGAGCAUUGCGUGAACAACAGCUCUUAUGCCUGA